UCAGCGGUAGCCUGGAAUUCUGCUUUGCACAACUUAGCAGCUUCUCAUUCCAGCAAUAUGUUCAGAGUCAGAAGAUUGGUGCAAAAGACUUGGCUUCUUUUGCAAGUGUGCCUGUCUACUGCAGUGGGUAAACUUUUUAUGAUCUUGUUCCCAGCGGCAGCUAAGAGACAUAUAUUGAAACAGAAUGAGAGGAAUGACAUGGAAAGGAACCCUAAUUUUGUCUAUGAAAACUGGGGUCCAACUUUCUUCAGCUUCCAAUACUUACUCUUUGUAUUAAAUGUAAAGUGGAAGAGGCUUGAAGACAAAGCAUUUCAAGGUUGUCCUGCACCCAACACCCCUGUGGUAGAUUUUGAAGGGAAAAUUCAUCGCAUCCUGGACUUCAUGCAAGAUAACAGGCCUUUGGUCCUAGCAUUUGGAAGCUGUACCUGACCUUCAUUUAUGUUCAGAUUUGGAGAGUUCAAGAAGCUUAUAGAAGAUUUCAGUUUUGCAGCAGAUUUCCUUGUGGUCUACAUUGAAGAAGCCCAUGCCUCAGAUGGGUGGGCUUUUAAGAACAAUAUUGUUAUUAAAAGUCACAGAACUCUCCACGAUCGUAUGCAGGCUGCAGAGAUCCUGCUAAAACAGUAUCCCUUAUGUUCAGUGGUCAUGGACACUAUGGAAAACUCAAGUAGCUCCAGCUAUGCAGCUCUUCCAGAGAGACUUUAUGUGCUUCAAGGGGGAAAUAUUGUCUAUAAGGGUGGAGUGGGACCCUGGAAUUACCGUCCACAGGAAGUCCGUGAAGUAUUGGAAGAACUACUUUAAAGCUAUAAAACAGCUGUUGUGGUGAUCACAUACAUACAUAGUCAAUCCCUAGUCUGGUUAAUUUUUAAAAGCAUGAAUACAUCUUUGGUGGGACAUUUUCGGAGGAUAAAGCCUCAUUAAAUUGGAAAAAAGAGAACUAAGUGUUCACCAGUCAAGAUUUGUCCAUAGCUUUGGCUAUUCAAUACCAAAUUAGGCAUUGUAUAGCUUUAUUUAUGUGGCUACCUACAAAAUAUCAGUCAUCUUUGCCUAAGGAACAUGUGUAAACAACAGUUGCACAAUCAGCUGAGAAAUAACUGUAUGGAAACUUUUUUUAUGUAGCACCUUAUCUUCCCAUAAUGGGCAGCAGAAUGAUGAAAUGUAAUGCUUUGAAUGUCUACUAGCACAUAAUGGCUUUCUGAACUGAACUGUUGUACUCAUUGACUUCAUUUUGUUUCUAUUCAUAUUUAUUUAUGAUAGUCAUAGCUUAAAGCAUGAAGAGCUUUGGCCUGAUUUGGAAAAAAAUAUUGAUAGAAACAGUAUGCUAAACUACAAUAUAUUAAAGACACUAUC